AUGUCUCGCCAAAUUGACAGGUUGGCUCAACCAGCUAACAAAAAAAAGAUGAAAGUCGUUAUCGCCAGCUGCAGCAGAUCGGGUACUUUGGGGUUGCUCGCCGCCAUGAGGAUACUAGGCUUUAGUCCGUACCACAUGACCGAGGCUUGUUUCAGUGGACCGGUACAUAUGAAGAUUCUAGAGGAAGCCGUGAUUGCACAGCAUAAUCGCUUCUCAGGUAUCAAGCGAUACGAAAGGGUUGACUUCGACAAGUGGUUGAGUGAUUAUGACUGCUUCAUUGAGCUUCCCAGCUAUUUAGGCUCGCAGGCUCUCGAAGUAUAUGCCGAAGACCCGGAUGUCAAGUUUAUUCUGACACACCGUGACCCAGACAAAUGGGUGACAUCAAUGGACAACACUAUCGCCAAUGUAGUGAGAAUGGCAACUUCGUUCCCUAUGAAUAUCUUGAAACACUUCGAUAUCAUCCUCAAAGGCUUCUUCCGUCUCAAUCAAGUCAUGUUUUGGGCUAUGUCCGACGGGACAAACCCUGGGGAUCCGAACAACGAGGCCGCGCUUCGUAGGAACUAUGUUGAAUAG